AUGCAUCCAACAUAUAAUCUUCUUCAACUAUACCCGGCUUAUUUAUAAUCAUAGCAGAGAGCCGAAACUUUAUCUUAUCUUGGAGAAGAGAUGGGUGACAUCAAACGUUUACUCGUCCUAUCGAUCAUCUUGCUCCUGUUCUUGUCUCAGGCCCUUCUUUUGUGUUCAGGCCAUGGCGAUGAUGAAGCUGGUGUAACGAGGAAGCUUGGAGUUUUCAUAAGGAAAAGGGGAGGAAGAUACAGAAGGCCUCGAACCAUCACAUCUGCUUCCGCAACACUUUUCUCAGGCUCCUUCCAUUUGACUACUUGCCUUGCCUCUUCUUUUCUGCUCUCUCUCCUUUUCUAGGUUUAUUUUUCUAGUGUCACAAGUGGUUUUCUCUUUUACUUUCCCUAUAAGAAUUGCUGUAGUAAAUUCUGUGCAUACAAAAUUCGUCUUUGUAAUGUCAACAGCUACUCUGUGCAUACAAAAUCAUAUAAGUUGAGUGCAUGAGAUUGUAAGCUCUUCAUUUGGUAUUUUUCAGUGUUACCAAAGCAAAGAAAAUGCUAUUUCUUUGUAGCACAGCUGCUAUAUGUAAUACACAAGAAAUAACAUACCCAAGU